CGUCUUCGCGCCAGGUGCUUCCAGAUGUGCCAGCCACCGGCUACCGGGAAGGCUUCGCCGCUUAGCUUCGGCCCAAACGCUUUCCAGGAGGUUUGUCCCUGCCUGCGCGCCGUGCCCUGAGCUCUCAGGCAGGAAAAGCGCGCGGACAUGGGCGAGACCAUGUCAAAGAGACUCAAGUUGCACCUAGGAGAGGCGGAGAUGGAGGAGCGGGCGUUCCCUAAUCCCUUCCCAGACUAUGAGGCCGCCGCCGCUGCCGCGGGGUUCGUCGCUGGAGCAGCGGAGGAGACAGGCCGCGUUUGCCCUCUCCCCACCACGGACGACCCGGGCCUCCCUUUCCACCCCAACGGGAAGAUUGUUCCUAACUUCAUAAAGCGUAUCCAGACCAAAAUCAAAGAUCUUCUGCAACAAAUGGAAGAAGGACUGAAGACAGCUGAUCCUCACGAUUGCUCUGCGUAUACUGGUUGGACAGGCAUAGCGCUUUUGUACCUGCAGUUGUACCGGGUCACUGGUGACCAGACCUACCUGCUUCGAUCCCUGGAUUACGUGAAGAGAACACUCCGAAAUUUGAGUGGUCGCAAAGUCACUUUCCUUUGUGGAGAUGCUGGGCCCCUUGCUGUGGGAGCGGUGAUAUAUCAUAAGCUCAGAAGUGAAUGUGAGUCCCAGGAGUGCAUCGCCAAACUUCUACAGAUGCAUAGAACCAUUGUCAGUCAAGAAUCAGAGCUUCCUGAUGAGCUGUUAUUUGGACGGGCAGGUUACCUGUAUGCUUUACUGUACCUGAACACAGAGAUUGGCCCCGGCACUGUUGGUGAGACAGCUAUUAAAGAGGUAGUCACUGCCAUUAUUGAGUCAGGAAAGACUCUGUCAAGGGAAGAAAGGAAAACUGAGCGCUGUCCCCUGUUAUAUCAGUGGCAUAGGAAGCAAUAUGUUGGAGCAGCCCAUGGUAUGUCUGGCAUCUACUACAUGUUAAUGCAGCCAGAAGCAAAAGUAGACCAAGAAACCUUAACAGAAAUGGUGAAGCCCAGCAUUGAUUAUGUGCGCCACAAAAAAUUCCGAUCUGGAAAUUACCCAUCUUCAUUAAGCAAUGAAACAGAUCGAUUGGUCCACUGGUGCCAUGGUGCUCCAGGAGUCAUCCACAUGCUCCUACAGGCCUAUCAGGUAUUUAAGGAGGAAAAAUACUUGAAAGAGGCCAUGGAGUGCAGUGAUGUUAUUUGGCAGCGAGGUCUGCUCCGGAAAGGCUACGGAAUCUGCCAUGGAACAUCUGGAAAUGGUUAUUCCUUUUUGUCCCUUUACCACCUGACCCAAGAUAAGAAGUACCUCUAUCGAGCUUGUAAGUUUGCAGAGUGGUGUUUAGAUUAUGGAGCACAUGGGUGCCGUAUUCCUGACAGACCCUAUUCUCUCUUUGAAGGUAUGGCUGGUGCUGUUCACUUUCUCUCUGACAUCUUGGUACCAGAGAUGUCACGGUUUCCAGCAUUUGAACUUGGCUUUUUGCAGAAGGCUUAAAAAGGUGCAAAAAGACAACUAACAUACCCGUUGGACCAAAAGCCACCUGACUGAUUAGUGCCUGAUAGAUAACCUACUGUAAAUCCCAAAAGAGGAAGAAAGAAGGGCAGAAACCUUCACUAGCCCCUUUUGUUGCAAAGACCCCCAAGUUAGAGCAUGAGUGAUAGAAACCAUGUCAUUAGCAUUCUUUGACAGUGUUUCCCUUAAGGGUGUGAAAUAUGAAUUCUUCAUCUCUAGGCUCCUCGUAGUGUGCAUGUUUCUUGGUGCUUGUCUAUAGGUGUAAAUUGAUUAACUAGAAAAGCCACACUCGUCAUACAAACUCUUUGCUGAGCAUGUGUGAGUGUUUAAGGCGCCAGCCACACAUUUUGUAUAUAGUAUAUAUAAAAUAGGUGUCAUCUCUAUCAACAAAGAAGCAGCUGUGUGAUGUCUGUCUUAAACAUCAGCUAGCAAAUGUAGAUAUCUUGUGAGAAUACUGUGUUAGCAUUUUUCCAUGGGCACUUUUCCAAAAAGCUUCCCAAACCAGAAGAAAAAUGGGCAAGUCAGCAUGCAUUUCAGAGCUCAGGAAGACAUAGUUGAUACUGCUUCCCUCUUUGUAUCUUGUGGUCAAUACAAAUAAUGACUAAAUGUUAGGAAAUUUCAGACGUUUACCCAGAUACAUAUUAUGAAAACAGACUCUAUCUUACUGCUACUGGAAUAGCUUAUUACUAUAUAAAGCAGAGUAGUUACAAUGCCAAGUGGAUCCAUCCAUAUCCCUUUAAAAGUUUAAUUCACAUUUUGGCAAAUUGUUAAAAAUAUGAAUUUUAAAUUAAUACAUUACUUAUUUUUCAUCCAGCUUGGGGUGAUAGAUUCUAGGCUGAAUUUAUACAUAUAAGGAUAUAAUAAAUUUUAAAAUUAUUUUAAGGGCAUUAAGUUUGAUUCACAUACUGUAAUGCUGUUACAUAAAUUUCAGAGUUUGGUUGUUGUUUGUGGCACAAGUGGGCUAGAUUUCCUAAGCAUGUUUUGUUUUGGAGGUAACAUGUUAUAAAUGAAAGCAGGAUUGUAUAAUAGUCUGGACUUCAGUACUUCUUAAGUGUUAGCCCUAGUUUCUACUUCUUUUAUAAAGUUGGAACAGUGGUGACAGUCUCAAAGAGAAGGCUUCUUCAUGCCUGUACCAUUUUGAGUGUGGAACCUUGCUUAUGGGGCUGGUACCCGAAACAACUGGCCUUCAGUUUCCAGAUGAUGCCUCCUAGGUCUCUUCAUUGCAGUUACUCUUGGUUAUAUGUCAUGACCCUUCUCUUUCGCCUUGGGCUGAUUACUACUGUGUGUAUAAUUCUCAAGAUCAUCUUUAACUCACCUCCUGAACUGGAUAAUGGGCUUCUCAGGGCUGUCCAAUACCCACUACUUGAAGGCAGGGCAAACCAUCACAAAUAGGCUAGGGGAAACUGUUCUGCAGAAUACCCCAUGUAUUGUCUAGUCUCAUUCAAACAAUAUCUUUUUCAUCCUCUUACCCGUAUCGUAAAAAAUAAUACAGCAGAGCUUAUCUUUGAGAUCUUGCUUGUUUACUUUCUUGAAAGAAGCUUCUGGGGCUGUCUUAUAAGCCAUUUUCUGCAAAAUGGUGGAGUUUGUAGGGCCCCGCUAUUGGCCAAGGGCCUUCAGAGCAGCAGUAGCAGGGUGUGUCUCUCCAGUAUGUUUACUCAUACAUGUUUGACAUAUAAUAGUAUCUUUCUGAUGAACAUGCUGAGGAAAAAAUAAAACACCCAAAGAAUAAAUGGAGAACAUUUUGUUUACAGAUUUCCCUUUUAAGAGAGGUGGGUUGAUGCCUUCCGACCUAUCACUAUGUAUCAACGGAUCCUUCUUUGAAUCUUCAACAUGUAGCUGCCAUGCUACAAAGGCUGCAGCCCCAUGCCAUGAGUGAAGGAGGACUGAGGGUUCACAUAUGGCCAUUUAAGAGUUAUAAAUGUUUGAAAUCAAAUUUAGGAGCAUCUUUUGUUUCUUGAGCUUGUUUUAUGUUAACAACUGUCUUCUAAAUGUGUUGAAAAGUUUAACGUAUAUACACCCAGAAUAUCAUUUUGAAAUCUGGAAUGACAAGUUAAUGUCCACAAAAAUUUGGUGUUCUUUGGUUUUGUCAAUUAAAGACAGUUUUGUGGUGAUGA